UCUAUACAAAAUAACAAGCAAAACUUUAUCAAAAGAUGUUCAUUUAUUAUUCGACAUCAUUAGUGAUCUUAUCGGCGACAUUUUCAUCGAUAAUAUUCGUAAUUUUGAUGAUUCAUGAACGCAGAAUGAAUAAAAGAUAAAAAUGUCAGGGAGAAAAGGGUUCACAACAAUACAUUUUACGUGAUAAGUUGGCAACACUUAUUAACAGAAGGGUGCAAAAUGUACAUUUUUAGAUCUGCGUUGGGUGCAACAGUUUAUUUAUAUUCAAAGUGGCGAAUUCGCUUACUUGUUGCAUUCUUUUAUUUCUUUUGAUAUCUUUCAAUUAAUUAUUCUCGAAUGUUUAAUUGUAAAAAUAAUAAUUUUUUCGUCUCGGGUUACUGUACUUCGUGAUUCAUCCCUUCGGUGCAACAGAAUAGUCAAUUUCGCAGGUGUUCAACGAGUUUCCCAGAAGGUGUUUGAUGUUUCCAGUGAAACGAACAAUGGAGUUCCUUUUGGUGGAAUUCCUUCUAUCUGCGAUUUCGGUUCAGUCCAACGCUCGCUGUCCAGCUUCCAGACUCCAGAGCUCUGUUUGUUUACAUUCCAAGGAGCUUCGUCGACUCGUCGUGUUUCUUCCCUUUCGAGUAAAUUUAUGUAAAUUUUCGUAACUCGGUAGUGUCAAUGACCCAAUGAGAAUUAUUACAUGUAUUCAAGAAUUCUACGUUCGAUAUUCCACAUCCACAUCGAAUUCGGAUCACCGGAAAUUGAUUUUUGAAGACUACUGCUAUGACAAAAUCAUAUCCACGUGUUGUUAUGGAUCACAACGACAUUGUUGCUGUGCAACGAUGUAAUAUGCAUUCAAUAUACGCCGAUUGAUAUGGAACAGUAUUCCGAAUGUGCUGUGAUUGUUACAAGCCCUCGAGAAGAGUUUUCUCAUUCUCACUCAUUACGAAGCGACUUCGAUGGUGCGGUUAAUUGUAUUACGUACGACGCCAUCAAUCAAGCGUACUUGGACGCUAUGAAACGUAUCGGUGCUAGUCCGGUUGAAGAUAUACCACCUCCGCCGGAGAUCGCCGAUAUUGCUCUGGUUUUACUGGAAGUUACACAGCAAUUAGCUAAACAGUAUAAUUUGAAUCAGGAAGACGUCGAAUUAGGAUUGGCUCAAGUCGAUACCCUGAAGACAGCCAUCAGAGAAAUUUGUCCAGCGUAUUUAUAUUCGAUAACAUGCCACGCUGGAAAAUACCGAAGACACGAUGGAAUCUGCACCAAUAUCGAACAUCCAUCGUGGGGUGCCACGAACACCGUGUUUACGAGACUGAUUCCACCUCAGUUCUCCGAUUUGGUAUCUUCUCCUCGAGUCAGCCUCAGCGGAGCACCCUUGCCCCCGGCUAGAAUAGUCUCGAGGACUAUUCACGAAGAUAUUGGGUUUCACGAUCAUGCUGGCACAACGAUGUUGAUAGCUUGGGGACAAUUCAUGGAUCACGAUCUUACGCUGAUGGGGAUGCCUUUGGAUCCAAUAAAUAGAAACGAGGUUCGAAGCUGUUGUGAUACGCCACCGUCUCAACAAAAUCCGUACUGUUUCGAAAUCGAGAUCCCUAGGGACGAUUAUUUCUAUCGUAAAUUCAACAUUCGAUGCCAAGAUUUUGUCCGAAGUUUCCCCGGAGUACGACCGGAUUGCAAAUUAGGUCCGAGGAAUCCAUUCAACACGUUGACUGCAGCCAUCGAUGGCAAUACAGUUUACGGUGUGAACGCAGUUUUGGCUAGGCAGCUUCGAACCCUACAAGGAGGUUUACUAAAGAUGAAUCCGGCAUUCACCGAGCUGAAUCUGAAAGACUUGCUGCCACCUAAGGUCGAUAUCCCAGAUGAGGGAUGUGUGCGCACCAAUUUCACGCAGUUCUGCUUCUUGGCUGGCGAGAUUCGUGUCAACGAGCAAUUAAUUCUAUCCUGUAUUCAUACGUUGAUGGCCCGCGAACAUAAUCGUAUCGCUAGAGAGCUAUCUGCCAUAAAUCCUCAUUGGGAGGAUGAAAUUGUAUAUGAAGAGACUAGGAGGAUCGUUAUUGCGGAGAUUCAACAUAUCACUUUUAACGAAUUAUUGCCCAUAGUGUUGGGUAAACAUACGAUGGAGAAAUAUGGACUUUUAUUGAAUCCGAAGGGAUACUGGGACGGAUACGAUCCGGAAACUAAUAUCGGAAUCUUGGACGCAUUCGCAGCAGCUGCAUUUCGUUUUGGACAUUCUUUACUUCCGACUAGCGUCGAAAGAUGGAGCAAAGUGCAUAAAUUUAUUGCAUCCAGACGUUUAUCGAAUCUUAUUCGCCAGCCUUUUGAUCUAUAUCGAGCCGGUGUCAUCGACGAAUAUAUUUUGGGUCUGACGAAUCAAGCUGCUCAAGCUAUGGAUGAUUCGGUGACUCAGGAGGUUACAAACAACCUGUUCAAAAGAGCAGGAAAUCGAUUUGGUUUGGAUUUGAUUGCGUUCAAUAUUCAAAGAGGCAGAGAAUUCGGAUUACCUGGAUAUAUGUUUUACAGAGAACGUUGUGGAUUGCGAACUUCCUUCACUUUUGAUGAAAUGAUUGGCACGAUGCCGAAUUUAACCAUUCAGAGAUACAGCACCAUUUACGAAUCUCCGUGGGAUAUUGACCUGUGGUCUGCCGGAGCAGCCGAAUUACCUAUGCAUGGUAGCCUGGUUGGACCUACUUUCGCUUGUAUUAUCGCCAAUCAGUUCAAGCUGGCUAGACAUGGGGACAGAUUUUGGUACGAAUUACCCAAUCAGCCUUCUUCUUUCACCGAGGACCAAUUGAGAGAAAUCAAGAAAAUCAGAUUAUCCAGAAUCAUAUGCGAUAAUACCGAUCUCGUCGAAACGAUUCAAAUUUACGCCAUGGUUUUACCCGAUCUCAGUAUUAAUCCUCGUGUAUCGUGCAAAAGCUCGGUACUACCGUCGAUAGAUCUGAGCCAUUGGCGCGAUGGUCCCGAAGCCGAAGAAGUAUUCGCCGAUGUGAGUAAUUUUAACGGCCACGGUUAUCCUUACAGUAGUUUAGAGUAUUUGAAGUUCGCUCGGAGUAGGAUUAGUUAAUAACGGUGCUGUAAUGAUGGUUGAAAAAAGCUUAUGUCGUUCCAUCGCCUUCGCCGCCGCCUCCUCCUCUAUGCCGCUUUGUAGUUCAUCUGUGUGCCAUAAAUUAGUAUUUAAAUAAAUUAUUUAUUGUUCCGCUC